AUGUGAGUUGAGAUUCAACACAUAUUUGUAUGUUUUAUAUUUUUAUAUUUUAUAUUCAAGACGCAAAUAUGAAUGAAGUUUAUUUAGCUGUAUAUUCUAUAGCAGACUUGUGUCUUGCUCCCAUAGAAACAAUAGUGACUCUGUUUACUAUAAAGUAUUGCAAAUCCUCAAUUACUAUAAAACUGAUCCCAAGUAAACAGGACUUAACUGAACGAGCGUACAUGAUAGAUCUCACAAAUUUUGCGUACGAGAUUGUAAAUACGGAUAAAAUACCUACUUACGCAAGUUUAUGUGAAUUACCAAACGUCGCUAUAAAUGAGGAUAGUUGUGUGGCUGGUUUGUGCACAGUUUUGAGGCAGAUUGUAAAAGAUGCGAGUGCGGAAUAUUCGAUGCAUUACUGUACUAAGCUAUUAGGGUUCAAAGGUUCCUGUUUGAUGGCGUGCUCCGAGGCAAGUGUGUGGACUAAAUUCUGCGAGGUCGAUUUAAUUCUGACUUUGAAAUCUUUGAAUUUAAAGAACCUGGAGAAGUCCGAGCUGCCCGUUAGUUUAGCGAGAUUUGAAUGUCAUAUGUCUCAGCCGGUUAGACUGCACAACUUAUACAAGUACACAAUGUGCAAGAAGUUCGCUUCGCUCAAUAUAGCCACACAGAAUGAAACAGGUUUACCGGAACACACGUACGCGGAAGGCGCGUGUAUAACAUUAGCAGAUAUAAUCAUAUUCGUGUGCAUGCAUAACUUAUUGAAUACAUUUUCAAGCCAGACGAUAUCAAAAUUGGUGCCUCUGACAACUAAGUGGUACGACAGAAUGCUGGCAGAUCAGUUUAUAGUAAAAUGCCUUAGCUGUCUACCUUCGCUGAAGAACCACAAUCCAAGUGCACUCCAGUAUAGCCUUCCAGUUGUAGUGAACGAAAGUUUAUAUAAGAGCGAUCCCAAACGAUACAAACCGAGAAGUCGUAUUUACACAAGACAAGAAGAUAUAGAACACUCGUUGCGAUUGAUCGAAGACGUGAAAAUUUCUCUGAAGCUGGAAGACGAACCGUUUGGCAUUGAGAUAGAUCUGGACUGGUCCGUUGUGCCUUUCGAUGCCACGCCGGAGGGCGGCUCAUUGCCACCAGCAAGAUUGCAACGCAAACAAGAGCAGCUACAGAACUUGUGCAAAUCCGUUUUGAAGGUAGCUAAGCCUGGUGACACUAUCGUAGAUUUCUGCUCAGGCAGCGGACAUUUAGGAAUAUUGAUAGCAUAUUUAUUACCUCGCUGCACGAUCGUUUUGUUGGAGAAUAAGGAAGAGUCUCUGAACAGAGCGAAGCAGAGGGUGCAAAGACUUAAGUUGAAGAAUGUGAAAUUUUGUCAGUGUAACUUGGAUUACUUCAAAGGAGAUUUCAACAUCGGUACGUCGUUGCACGCUUGCGGCGUAGCGACGGAUUUGGUUAUUCAACGUUGCAUACAAAAGAACGCGAUUUUCGUGAGCUGUCCGUGCUGCUACGGCUCGCUGCAGGAUUGUCAUCAGCUGACGUAUCCGCGAAGCGAUGUUUUCAAAAACCAUAUCAGCAACAAGGAAUACUCAUUUUUAAGUCACGCCGCGGAUCAGACGCACGACGAACAAAAUAGCAAAACGAAGCAAGGCUACAGAUGCAUGACGAUUAUAGACACCGAUAGAAAGUUGUUCGCCGAACAGUUCGGCUACAGAGUUCACCUUGCAAAACUUGUUCCAGAAACGUGCACACUAAAAAAUCAUUUGCUAGUAGGUAUACCAAAAGAUAAACUAGUUUAUGCGAAAACUGAUUGAUUGUUUUGUACAUACAUUUAAGUUUUGUAUAUACAUCUUUUGUAAAUAAUAAAUUAUGUGCAUUUUGUGAGAGUAAAUUGGUUAGUUGUGUUACAGAUUCGUGUGUAUCGACGUUAUUAUGUUAUUAUGGAAACGCAUUUUGUACAUAUUAUA